AUGCAAUACUCCACUAUCUUAUCAAUUGCUUUAGCUUUAGUUUCAACCGCUCAAGCCGGUUACGUCAAACCAAGACCAAUCACUGAACCAGAUUGCGAACCCACCACCACUACUACUCCAUGUGAGCCAACCCCUACCCCAUGUUGUCAAGAUAGUGACAUCACUUCAUUCAGUGGUGAAUUUGCUUUAGGUGUUAAGGAGUUGUGUGAUGAAGAUGAUGUGAUUUACUUGGUGUUUGAGUUGCCUGAUGGUCAAUUGGAACAUAAUGGAGUUACUGUUGAUUGCGGAUGCCACCCCACUACUACUACCACUACACCAUGUGAGCCAACCACUACACCAUGUGCGGAACCUGAGCCAAUUGUUGACGAUUGCAACGACGAUAAGAAGAAGCGUUGGUACAAGCCAAAGCCAAAACCGGUCCCAACUCCAAUUCCAACUCCAAAUGGAUUAUCAGCAUUAUGCCACCCAUACUGCUCGAUUGAGGAACUUGUUGCCGAUUGCACCACCGAUUACUUUACUUUAUGUGACUCCGUUUUGAAGGAUGGCAAGUACAGAACCGGUGAAAUUGUUGCCAACCAUCAAUUCCAAUUCGAUUCACCAGUGCAACCAGAUGCCUUGUACAAUAAGGGAUGGUCGAUUGAAUACAAGGAUGAUUAUUACUUGUUGGCAUUGAAUGAUUGCACUACAUUCUGGGAAUGUCCAGUUGAUGAUUGUGGUCUUUGGAAAUUGUACGAUGCUUCGAUUGAUUCUAAAUGUAAAGAGAUUGAAAUUGUCAUCAUUUUCAAAGAUGAAUCCUGUGAUUAG